GAAUGGGUAUAUUACGGCUAAAACAACAUCUAGAGCCUUACUUAGACACAGUAUCUCUACAAGAUCGAGUGCAUCCGAGUCCAGGCGUAGCCACUGCGCAAGCUGUGGUAAUAGACGGGCCUAGCCUUGUCUACCAUGUUUACCAUCGCCUGCUAUCGUGGUCAAACCCCGAUCUUCACUAUCCUGAUAUACAACCAACUUGCGAUGAAGUGAGCCAUGGGGUUAUGAUAUUCCUCCUCCAUUUGGCGUCGCUAGGCGUGACGAUAAAAAAACUAUGCUUCGACGGGGCUUUGCCUCCAUCAAAGCAGUUGACACGCCUUGCUCGCCUGGAGAAGACCAGAAAAAGACUCGAGGCUUUCCGAAUAAGCCAUUCGGCUUGUCUGAGUACAUCUUUUGCCCCGGAGACGAUGACAGCCAACCGGUGGGAAAAUGUCUUGCAAAGCAGGACCCUACCUGCCAGUCUUACACUGGUACCAGAAAACCAUUUUAUAGUCCCCGCGGUUUAUGAAGACCUACGAGAACGUUGGUCUAAGGAGAAUAUCCUUGAGGCCCUUCCGUUGGAUUCAUUUUUGCGUAUGACCGCAAACCGUCUGGCAAGUUUGCCAUGGGCUGAUGUUACCGUCAUGGUCCCAGGGGAGGCGGACGUUUACUGUGCCCAUUUAGCCAAGCGAAAUACCUGUUCGAUACUUACAAAUGAUUCUGACCUGCUCUUGUACGAUAUAGGCUCAACAGGAUCUGUUAUCCUUGUCAGUUCCAUGAGCUGGACGCGCACAGAUCCAGGCAACUCAAUUACGGCCCAGGGCAUUUGCCCGAAUACGGUCGCGCGCCGACUGGGAUUGGAAUCACUGUUGCCAUUGGCAUUUGAGCUACAAUCAAAUCCUAAGAUUGGAAUGGGAGAGCUUAUUCAGCGAUCGAAGAUCAUUGACAGGGUCCCUGAUCCUGUCCCAGGCUAUUCUCACUUUGCGAAGGAGUAUCAGACCUGUCCGAGCAUCCUUGUCGAUGAUAUAGGAAAACAAUAUCCCCAGUCACUCGAUACCAGGGUCUCAGAAAUGGUCUCUCAGUAUCUUUUCCCAGAGACGUAUUCACAGGAUGCUUUAUUGAAUAUGUAUCUCGUGAUGCUCAACGAGGAUCCGAAGCGGCAGUGUGCUUGGCUGCAAGGGCGUGUGAUUAGAGUCAUAGGCUAUUCUUUUUUCAACCUAACACAACCGAUAGGUAAAAGGCAUAAGUACAUUGUUGAGCACAUCAGGCGAGGUGGAAGAGUUACAUCCGACAUGAUUACCCUCGAGAACCAGUCUUGGUUAUCAGCAGAAAUUCAAUCCUUGCUCGACCACCUUAGUAUCGUCCAGGCAAAGACUGGUAUUGAGGUUGACUGCCCGGUCUUUUGGAGGACCUUUGCCCUCUAUACUAUAUUUGGACUGCAGACGACGCCCAAAAUUCCAAACCUCGAUCAGCUAAAGCAGCUUUUGGCCCAUGGGUCUAUGAGCAACAACCUGGACUGGGACGAUGUCCACAUUCUAGCCCAGAUUCAAUCCGUGCUGUAUUCGUUGAGGAUCCUUAAACAAUUGCUUGGUAUAUCAGAGAUCUCUGACCGACAAACGACACAAGCAGCUGCCUUUUUAGCCCGUCUACCACCGCUACAUGUAUUAAUGAGAUCAGCACAUGAGAUGAAGAGAGAUAAGUCGCACGUGGCCUCAACGGCCUCAGAAUAUGUUUGA